AUGACGACUUCCGGCCAGAACUUGCCAACGGCAACAGAGCACCAGGGUGAAGAGCCUGCCACGGCUCGCCAGUCUUCGGCCAGCCCAGUAGAGAGAGCAGAUGAGCCAGCACCACCACUACCGCAACGUCCAGCACCUUCAAAUGCGCAGCCUCUCCCGCCGUCAUUCCAGAAUCAGACCCAACCCGCCUAUGUCCCGUUCACUGGGCAGCCAACUCAACAACUCCCCUACGCCACUCCUGUUCGACCCCUUCCUCACCAGAGCUCAGCGUACCUAGCCACUAGACUUGGUUUAAUAGUCUUUUCCUCGAUUUGGGGCAUCAUAAUUAUUGCCUUGACCAGUAUCCUUCUCAGUGAGGGCACCGCUGCUGCGAGCGUAUCGGUCUAUGCUUAUGCUAUCGUUGUCAUCUCCAUCAUUUGGAAUACGGCAGAGCUCAUCACAUACUGCGUGCGCUUACGCAAAGAAGUGCAGAGGGGCAUACAUCCGGGCGCCCACGUAGGCCUGCACCUGCUCUUCUGGUUAGCCGGCAUUUUCGCGACCCUCGUAUCGAUUCCACUUUACCUCGUUGUGGCAUCUGAAGUGGACCGUUGCGCGAAUGGCAAGGACGAGCACUACUAUUACUAUAGCCAUUCGUACUGCGACGAGUAUCAGCCUUACGAUUACUAUCAGGGGAAUGUCUUACCGACCUUCCGCGCAUUCGUCGCCAUCUUCGUACUAUGGACGAUUAACCACUUCGUUCUUUUCGUGUUGGCUUGCAUCGAAACUCAUAAACGCAAUAGCAUGAGGCCAGCCGCUUUUAUCAUGCCAGUACAAGCCCCAACUGCUGCGCCUGUCCAGGGCAUGUAUUAUCCACAAGCUGCUGGCAUGCAACCACAGCCAAUGCAGUAUUACCCAUACCCCGUUGUGAUGCAACACCCUUCUCAACCGCAGCCAGUGCAUCUAUCAGGGGCCGAAUCACGAACACAAGCAAUGAACGAAAAGCAACCGGCACAACCAUACCAGAAUCUUACGGGCUUCUACGCGCCGGCAGCGGUACAAUCGAACAGCUCCAGGGCAGCCUCAGCAUGA